AUGCUGCACAUCUGGACAGUGUCGGGGGAAGAGGUGGUGAUUGAAAAAGACGGCUUGAGCGAUGUACGGGCCGUGAAACAACAUUUACAACGCAAAAGGGCCCUGUCGCGGUUCAGAGUGAGACUUUUGCAAGAUGGCCGUGAUUUGCAUGAUGAUUGUGCAGUGGUGGCCUUGCCGGACGGUUUGCAGAUGGUCGUGCUGCCGUUUUCGGAAGCUUCGGAUGAGCAGGUGCUCGAGUUCAUCAGCGCCGCUGGCGAUGGCAACCUUGCAUCUGUUGGGGAGAUUCUGAAGCGACCACAAGACCCGAACAGGGUAGUCGCGGAUAUCAGGGGUUUUCCGUUUGGAAGGCCGCCUCAUCACAGCCAAACAGCUCUGGCAGCAGCAUCAGAUGAGGGCUACGUUGAAGUUGUGCGUAUGCUCUUGGAGGCUUCUGCCAACCCAGACGGCUAUGGAGUCGGAAGGGAUUACGAGGGUCCAAGUCUUGUUUUAGCUGCAGGCAGCGGCCACAUUGAAGUGGUCCGCCUUUUGGUGGAUGCCCGGGCGCUGACGGAGGCAGUCUCCAACUUUUGGGGGACAGUUGUAGACCCCAUUGUUGCGACCAUCCAAGGACAUGAUCCGGUUGGCAACACGGGCCGCCCACACGGCCCCGGUGCGAACAGCAUGGGGAUGGUACAGAUAUUGUUGGAGGCAGGUGCCGACCCAGCAUCCAUCACACCUGCUCUAGUUCCUCACAACCCUGCUAGUGUGGACCAUGAUGCCCGGCCCUUGGUGGCAGCAUCUCAAGGCGGACACCUGGAAGUUGCGCGCCUGUUGUUGGAGAGCAGCUUGGCUGGUUAUGUUUCGGCAACUCAAGGAUCUGCGAACUCAGAACACAUGCAGCGGAGGCAUCUUGCUCCAGCCCUUGUCGCCGCAUCCUCGAGAGGCUAUGUGGAGAUGAUAAGAUUGCUCGUGCAGUUCAUGGGAUCUGCACUUGACGACUGCCGUCAUGCAAUGCCCAAGGCGCGAACCGCAGUUCCUUGGACGACGCCUCUGUUUUGUGCGUCGCGUUUUGGGCACGUGGGCAUUGUCAGUUUGCUGUUAGGUGCUCGUGCUGAUCCAGACACAGUUUGUGGAGAUGACGGCCUGACAGCUCUUUCAGUAGCCGCUGGCGAUGGGCACGUGGAGAUUGUGCGUCUGCUGCUAGGAUCCUAG